CGCAUUCUGAGGAAAGUGCCCGUCUGCCAUGCCAUAUUUUUUCGCCUUCCAUCGGGUCGCAUGGUAAAACCAUUUCGCAAAGUAGCACCGAAUUUGUGAUAAAAUACCAGCAGGAAAAAACGGGCACCGUGUGCGGUUGGGCUGGCGUGAUAAAAGCAUACUAUCGGCGGCGGUGGCGGCGGCUGUUAUUCGGCAGGGCCAUCCCCUUUUGUUGGCGUUUCCGGCUGGGCUGGCGUGUGUGAAAUAAUAGUUCACAGCAGCCUGGUACGGCUGCCAAGCGUGUGUACCCGCGAGAGGAGACUUCAGGAAGGAAAGAGCCGACCCGCUGUGUGUGUGUCAGAAGGCAACACAGAAGAAGAGAAAAGUUCGGUUUUUGGGAACGGGGGAUUCGGUGGAUUCUUUUUUCUUCUACACCCACUGUGUGGCCGAAUCUUUACCACCUGAUAUUUCUAACAUUAGACAAUCAGAGCAGGACUUUAUAAGCGGAACGGAGUGCGUGUGAGGGUGUGUGUUAGUGAUUUCGCGAAGUGGUGCAAAGAGAGAGGGUGAAGCUGCGGGUGGAGAUACCGAUACCGCUCAAGCGAGGUAAACUCUGACGUCUGUGGUGCUGACAACGGGGCAACCAGAAGAAAGGGGAAAAGAAGGUGCUCCCCACCCCCCAAGUGCGUAAGAGCCUGCUGAUCGCGCGAGGACCGUUUGUGCUAAACGUGCAUUCCCCCCGCCCCCGCAUUUCCGAAAGGAUUUGGUCCGAGGCAAGCGCACCGAGAGUGAGGUGUAGUGUACACACGAAACGACCCUGAAAGCGGUGCACGAGACGACGGUGCAAUCAUCUUGGGAGUGCAUUGCAAGAGAAAGAGAUAGAAAGGGAGAGGGAGUGUGGAAUCCCUUCGAAAAACACAUCACCAACACAAGCACGUCGACAGGCGCGCAACGCAGCAAUACAGCGCAGUUACACACACACAUAUCGUACUGAGCAGCGCGCAGUAAGCCGAAGGCGCCUAGGAAAACCCAACUGACCGACCGGGGGGCGAGCUGCCACCCUUUCCAUUGGAGGGUUGUUGGGGCGUACGCGCAUACACGCACAUCGCACAUCAGCAGCGAGCACAGCGGCAGCACCUGUCGCGCGCGCGAGGAAGCAGCGCAACAGGGCGGCCGUGGUCGCGUCGUACGCAAUCGUACGUACAGCCUUAGUGUGCUGUCGCACCUGCAGGGAGAUGGUUCUGUUUCUCCUUUGACGCGCCGUGUCUCGUGGCCCAAUCGUAAGAACGAUCGAACGUACGGAAAAACGGGGGUAGUAGAGUGCCCUUUAGUGUGUGUGGUAAAGGUUAAACAAAACUGCCAGCCAGACGAAUUAAAAAAAAAAGCGCCCGCAGUAAGAGAGAGAUAGAGAGUGACAGACACACUAAAGCUCUCUCUGGCCCAGCCAAAAACCCUUCAUCGACCUUGCAUUGUCGACCCAGUGAGCACGUGUGUGUGUGUGCAAGAAAGGGAAAAAGUGUGUGAGUGUCUGUGCGCGGGCAUAAUUAAAGCGUGAUCUCGUCCUCUGUUGAGAUAGCAAGAUCAUCAUUGAGGCGCGAUUCGGGGCUAGCUUACCAACCCCCUCCCAAAACGUUCCCGCCCUUGAAUAGUGUAAUAUAGCGCCUGCAAACACGCACGCACGCACGCACGAAAGCACGUCGUGUGUGUGUGAUAUUUUGUGCGCAAAAAGGUGCAGUGAAAGAGUUGGAUGCAGUGGAACUUUGCCAUCGUUUUGGAUGGUUUCUCUUCAAAAGUAAGAAAAGGUUCUACCGUGACGCAAAAGGCGUGUCAAAAUCGUAUAUUCAAAAUCAUGUGAUAAGCGAACAUAUUUUUUCUCCACCUAAUUCGUUUGUGUGUCGUGUCGUGGGCAAGUCUCAUCACACGUGUGUCGAGCGAGCGAGUGAUUCCAAGCAGCAUAAGAAUAGUGUGUAUAUCGCGUGCGUUAUCCUUCGUUGGUUAACUUAGUGUAAAAACAUUACCUUUAAUAGUGUACUAGGCAGUAGUGGGGUGUGAUCUUCAACCGGAUAUCCUGUUUGUUUUCACGAGUGGAGAUCGAUUUUACAGUAGUGUUUAAGUAGCGAACUGCAAAGUGGUGUACGUGUGUAGUGCGGUUUUAAGCGCAGCGUAAGUCGUUUUCCACAACGCAUCAACGUAAAGUGUCAUUUUUUCACGCGUUUGAAAGUGUGUGUGUGUUUGUGUAUGUGCACGUGAAAACUGUGUGUGUGUGUGUUUGCUCCACAAAGUCAAUGUGUAACCCCGUUUUGGGAUAGCGCUCUGGUGUGCGUGUGUGUAGUACGAUAAAGCAAGAUCAGUUCACACGCAAAGUCGCGCAAACGCGAAGCGAAAGUGCACAGCCAUUUGCGCACACGAUGGACCCUGCUGUGGCUUGGUAUCAGGAGGAACAGGACGGUCCGGCAAAGCACACCUGGAUGCGCAUUUGGGAGAGCAAUUCCGAUCUGUACGGCCCACUGCACGCCAACUACGGUCCGGGCAGCAAUAACGGCCAGGAAGGGCUGAAGGGUCCGGGAGGCGCGCGCGGUGAGCUGAAGCAAUUCGACCUGCCGCUGGGCAAUACCGGUAACAGUGGGAACAACAACAACAACAACGGUGUCGGCAAUCACCAGCAACAACCGUCCCCUGUGAACGAAGGCACGGGGAAAACGAACAAUAACAACAACAACAACAACGGCUCUAACGCCGGUGCAACUGUCAACAGUGGCAGUAGUAACGCCGCACUGUCAAAUAGUAGUGUACUGAACGGAAGUAAUAGCGGCAGCGCCACCACCACCACCACUACCACCCCGACUAACCCGGGCAACGGCAACGGGGGAAGCAAUAAUAAUAAUAAUAGUAAUUCUAGCAGCAGCUGUAAUAACCACGUUAGCAGCAAUACUAAUAACAAUGGUACGACGAACGGCGGAGGCGAGUUGACGACGGGCGGCGGUACCAACGGUUGCACCAAGGCGGGCGGUGGCGGCGGCGGAACCGGAACCGGCGGUGGUCUAGUCAGUAGCAGCGAGAAGAACUACAACCCGGUGCGCAAGAAACUGGGCAGCAUGAUGACGGAAAAUAAGGCCAGCACGUUCAACAUGAACAAGCAGCAGCAGCGGCUGACCGGCGUCCACGGUGGAUGUCCCUGGCGUCCGCCCAACUUUAAGUACGGUCGAGGCAUUAUUGGACUGCACCAGGAGAUAGAGCAAUUCUAUGCGCACAUGAUCGCCACUCCAACCGAGCACGCGCUGCGCGUCAUGGUGGUCAGCCGGAUAGAGAAGAUCGUGCAGAAUCUCUGGCCAUCGGCAAGGGUGGAAAUGUUCGGUUCGUUCCGUACCGGGCUGUACCUACCAACCAGCGAUAUCGAUUUGGUUGUGAUCGGGCAAUGGACGAUGCUGCCGCUGCGAACGCUCGAGAUGGAGCUGAUCAGCCAGGGCAUUGCGGAGCCGAACUCGGUCCGCGUGCUCGACAAGGCGUCGGUGCCGAUCGUGAAGCUGACGGACCGGCAGACGCAGGUCAAGGUGGACAUUUCCUUCAACAUGGAGUCGGGCGUCCAGUCGGCCAAGCUGAUCAAAGGCUUCAAGCGCGAGUAUCCGGUGCUGGAGAAGCUGGUGCUGGUGCUGAAGCAGUUCCUGCUGCAGCGCGACCUGAACGAGGUGUUUACCGGUGGCAUUUCCUCCUACUCGCUGAUACUGAUGUGCAUUAGCUUCCUGCAGCAGCACCACCAAAAGCCAAACGCCUGUUCCAAUCUGGGCGUGCUGCUGAUCGAGUUCUUCGAGCUGUACGGUCGCAAGUUUAACUACAUGAAGAUUGGCAUUAGUGUAAAAUCGGGACGAUACAUACCGAAGGAAGAGUUGCAGCGGGAAAUGAUUGACGGGCAUCGGCCAAGCUUGCUGUGCAUAGAGGAUCCGCUAACACCGGGCAAUGAUAUUGGACGUUCUUCCUAUGGUGCGUUACACGUGAAGCAAGCGUUCGAGUACGCUUACAUCGUGCUGGUCCAAGCGGUGCUACCGCUGGACAAGAAUCUGAACGACUGCAACCGCCAAAGCAUACUGGGGCGAAUAAUUCGCGUGACGGACGAAGUGAUCGAGUACCGCAAAUGGAUAAAGGAUACGUUCGAGGACAAGCUGAUCCGGCAGCCGAGCUUACAACAGCCGCUUACCACAACGACGGUACUGCUGAGCGACCAUUACCUUCCACUACAGCAGCAGCAGCAGCAGCAGCAGGCACGUCACUUACCUCAGCAACAGGCCAUCCAUCACAUCCACCAGCAGCAGUACCCGCGGCAGGUGAUUCACAGGCGGCCCAGUACGUCGAGCGUGGAGCUGUCGGAAGAAAGCAUGGAUAGCGACGGGGGCGGCGCUAGUGGGGAUUUCCACUGUCUCCCGUCGGCGACCGGCCGUGAUAUCUCGCCGUCAGCGUCGGCAGCCGGCCUCACGACCCGUUCGCCACCGAUCGAGCUGCACGAGCUGCAGCAGCAGCAGCAGCAGAACGGAGGCCCCACGGCUACGAUCAUGAUGAUAUCGACGGCGGGCCCGCACCAUCCGCACGAUCUGCUAAUAGAGGAGAACAAUAUGCUAAACAUGACGCACCAUCAGCAUCAGCACCAGCAGCAGCAGCAGCAGCAACUGUCGGCGGACCCAAACGGUAUCGUCGAUGCGCCACAGGUGAUCAGCUACAACAACAUGAACAAUCGGCGCAUCGUACCGUCACCGAAUCAGCAACAACAGCAACAGCACCAUCACCACCAUCUGCAGCAGCAGCAGCAGAUCGUUGGCAAGAACACCCUGUACAGUCGCAACAGCUCGGAGCGCAUGCUUCCGAGCGGUGCGACCGGUAACAACAGCACCAAUAGUGCGUACAGCAUGCAGUCACAUCAGCAGCAGCAGCACCACCAGCCGUCCGCGGUCAGUAACAGCAACGGGCUGGUGCGUCACAAUAGCAAAAGCCGCCGGUUGAUCACCACCACCGGCGGCAUGCUGAAAAUGCCACCCAGCAGCAACUCGUCCCCCUCGUCCUAUCCUUCCCCCGAUGUAGUAAUAAGCGGUCUUGCGAGCAAUAACAGUAGCAGUAGCAACCUAGUCGCCGCCGGGAUGGUUAUAAAUGAUGAAAACAAUCUGCACUACCACCGAUCGGCAAGCCCGAAAGCGACCGUCGCUGGCGGGCUACCGCUGCUACCAUCGAAUGCGCUCGCGGGCAAUAAUGGGGUCAUCAUGACGGGCGUCGGUGGUGGUGGUGGUGGUGGUAGUGCCGGUGGCGCUGGUAGCACCAUCAGCAGCAACACCAACUCCUCUAGCAGUAGCGGCAAAAAGUCCUCCCACAGUGGUACAAACUCCUCGAAGCGCAAGAAGACCGUCUCGCCCGGGGAGAAGAAGGACCGUGGCGGCCCAAUGGCGGCGGGAGGACCACCGUCAGCGACGGCCAUUAGCUACGGGUUGACGAUGGCCGGUGCGGCCGGCAGUGUGUCCAACGGCCCGGUACCGGCCAGCCUGGACAGCCGAUGAUAGCCAUCCGUGGUAGGGGGGUACCUGCAAAGGUUCCGCUACUAUCACUAUUAAACAGUUGUGUGUUGGGUGCGCAGCGUUCCCUCCAUCCCUCCACUUAGGCGCCUUCCAAUUUUAGUGUGAACCGAGAGAGAGAGCGAGAGAGACAGUCAGAAGAGGAGCGAAUGUUCAUUGCUGCCACGCUAGGCACGGCAGCAGAACGCGAUAUGCAAGAAUGUGAUGUGCGAGGGAUUAAAUAGUGUAGUUAUAUCGAAAAUGGUAGGGAAACAGUAAAAAAAGGAGCAAAAGCAGCGAAAAGCGCGUGUCGGUUCGUUGUCCGAUGGCCUUCGGCAGGCCAUUGUAUCUACUACUACGGCGCGAUGCCUGGACAAGAGAGAUUAGCAGCGCAACUCUUUACAUUCACUCACACCACUAGCCAAGCUACAUUACUUAUUUUUAAUCGUAUAUAUUAUUACUGAUGUUAUUCUGGCUGCCAUUGCGACGGAUAGUUGCCGCUGGUUUGCUAGUGCUGCCGAUCUUCCCGUGUUGUUGUGCUGCUGGUCCGUGUGUUGUGCGCCGAUCACUUUGACCGUUGGAUUUCAAUUUUUACGCAUGAUUGAUAUUUACGAGUCUCCUUUCCUCCUGUCAUUCAAUCGCCCAUAUCCCUGGCCGUUCGAUGAUUUAACUGACCGUAUUUCAAUCAACGCUUCACGUUCACUUUGUGUUUUGUGUUGGAAAAUGGUGUACUUUUUGCUUGCUUUACCUCACGCAAAGUUGUUCUAUUUCUGUGUACAGCGACGUGGAAUGAUUCUUUCGGGCAUACCGUAACAACCGGACCGUAACAAUUAUGUUCCGUAUUGAGGUCAGGCUUAGAGUCCUCGCAUGUUUAAAUUUACAUGUGCAACGUGUUUGCGAGCAACAUCCGGCAGAGAUACAGCUACACUAACCUAGGCAUAAGUAGUAGAACCGAGAACCGGCAUAAAACUCGAACACAAAACCAAGUUCUUGUAGGCGUAAGUAAGGCGUAAAAAUACAGUGAAAUCAUGCAAUUAGUGCUUACUGUAGGACUAUAUAAUGAGCAAAGAUUUUUGGAACUGUUUUGUUUUGUCCCUAUUAUUGUUCGAUGAUGAUAAUGAUGAUAAGCUCUAGCGUUGCCAGACGUUGUGAUCCCACAAUCCAAUCUUACAAAGUUUUGUAUAUGCUUGUGUGUGUGUGUGUGUGUGUGUGUGUGUGUUUGCGUGUGCAUGAGAACUACGUUUUCUAUCGAUUGUCUCUGACUGUUACUGUUACGGAUCGUUGUAGGUAGAAAGGUAUAUCUUUCGAGGAGCGCAAACGUACAGAAUCACGCGUAAAAUGAACCUUACGGAAAAAAGGGCAACGGAAGCCUGUAUGGCGGAAGGUUUUUUUUUUUUUUUGGUUAAACGUUACGUUGAUAAAUCAUUUGCCACCAUUAUGCCGUGAACGAUGGGGUACGCGUCGUUAGUGGUCGAAUCGAGGGCAGCAGCAGUUUGUAAAGUUUUGCUAUUUGAUUUUGCGAGUGUUGUAUGUAAAUAUGAGAUAUAUUCCACGGCGUGUGGACGGUGCAUAAGGUGCUUGGCCAGAGUAAUAUUUAGGCUCUUGCAUAUUCGGCUACCACAACCACUACUAGUUGCGUGCAAGUACUAUUGCUUCUAUUACUACUACUACUACUACCACUACUACUAUCGCGCCUAGGACAAGGAUCAACUACUGUAGAAGCGCUACUAUCGCUAAUAAUCCUACCGAUGUGCUUCUGAAGCAAACCUUUAUCGCUUUAUAUCAACGACCCCCCUCCCCCCCUCCCCCUCCCCCCGGCCUAGGUAGAGGAGAUAAACCAAAACCCCCUGAGUUUAAUCCUUCACCGUGCGCUGUGGAACGUGUUCCGAUACGGCCCCGUGAAGCUUGAAACUGUAUGUUUAUUUUCACUAAAAAAAAUCAACAUCAUUCAACUAUCUUCACCUGCAAGAGCUGUUGAUCUGUACAUAUACAUAUAGAAUUAUUCGGAAAUUGUUUUCAUGCAUCGUUGUUUGAGAUUGUUUAGCCUUCUGUUCGGCGGCUCCUACUUUGCGUUCAGGGUGUGUCGGUAUGUGUGUGUGCGUGUUUGUGCGUCCUCCUCCGUGUGCUACUAUGCAUUGCUGAUAAUAGUCGAAACUGGGAAGCAGAAGGCAGUCGAGAGAGAGCUACAUUGUUACAACAUACACUGGAUGCAUUGAAUCAAACUCUCUCACCAAGAAUGAUCAUUCUCAAUUACAAACCCACUCACACACCACAACAGAAGAAAAGAAGCGAAACAAACACUCCAUCUCUUCUGCCUAUCCUUUUAGUAGUAGUGCGUAAAUUUUAGCAUUGAUACGAAGGAGGGAAGGAUAAGAGAGAGAGAGAGAGAAUAAUGAUAGAAUCAUCAAACCACGCGUUCCAAUAUCAACAAGGUUGCAAUCAAAACAUAUACGUAACAGUGAACCUCUCUCACACGUGAUCACCGUGAGCAUGCUGAACGAUCAUCAAACUGCCACUUGUAGUCGUCGGUGUGUGUGUGUGUGUAAGGGUUUGUUGUUGCUACUUGAACGAAGUUGAAAGCAAAAGAGGGGAGUGUGUUUCAAUCUCCUGGCAAAAGCAUUUACAAUACUUAUAGAAAUCACAAAUAUGUUCGCAAUGAAUGAAAAUCAUAAGCUAGGAAAGGGAACUGGAAAUGCUGUUUUUUAUACGCACGUGGAGCAACACGUGCUAGUGUGGUAGAAAAGGCAAUAAAAGUUCCAUCAACCUUUAGGUUUACACAAAACACACAGACAACACAACUCGUACAGGCACGCGUGCGUUAUGGUUUAGUGUAGUUAUCAUAAUGAUCAAAGGAAGAAAAACGAAAAAAAAAAAACGAUCAUACGCGUACCCAACAUAUAGUGCUCAGAGAAACGGCAAAAGGUGAUCAUGGUGCGGUUGUGUGCGGAAACAACCCCCCAUCCCAAAUAGCGCAGUGAUUAUGAGUAGGAAAAGUAGUAGUGUUUAGGAUGGAAUGAUAUCCAUCGUUCCUCGCAAAAUGCCCGGUUUUCUUUCCCCCCUUUUGUAGCUGCCGAGUAAGCAAGCAACCUGUGUUGCCAAUGCGAAGAAUGAUCAUCCCGUUUCGUUAUGAACGUUUUUAGCGACAGUUCGGUCGUAACCCUCCGCCAGCUCCGUUUCAUAGCUAGUAACAGAUUGUAGACACAUAAAGGAUCCCAAAAAAAAAAAAAAAAAACAACACCACCACCACCAC